CUGUGGGUCGUCCUCGGCGCCAUUUUCGUCGGCGCGGUGCAGGACUUCGGCGCGCUGGCCGUCUCCAUACGCGCCCGGGCAUGUCCGAUAGGCAAGGUCACGGAGAGUCUCAUCGGACCGCGGGCCAAGACGCUGUUCCACAUCCUCAUCUUCUUCCUGAUCACCCUGGCGAUGGGUGUGUUCGUGCACAUCGUCGCCACGCUGUUCUCGCCCGACUUCUACCCGCACCUGCUGCUCUAUCUGGGCGUCGCGGCGAUGUACGCCGGCUUCUUCCUGACCAAUCCGUCGUUCGUCGCACCGGCGUUCGAUCCGUACCCUGCCGGGGCGCCGCCCAUGUUCCCGUUCGCCUUCAUCGUCAUCGCCUGCGGCGCGGCCAGCGGAUUCCAUGCCCUGGUCUCGUCCGGCACGUCCGCCAAGCAGCUCGACCGGGAGUCGGAUGCGCGGCUGGUAGGUUACGGCGCGAUGCUGGGCGAAUCGCUUCUGGGCCUGAUUGUGGCGGUGCUGGCCUGCACGGCCGGCUUCGUCUCGCGGGAGGCAUGGCUGGCCCGCUACGAAAACUGGCAGCCGCCGGACACGCUCGCCGGCAACAUCGCCGCCUUCAUCACCGGCACGACCCACUUCCUGUCCGCCAUCGGCUUCUCGCCCGGACUGGCGGCCGCCGCGGUCACGGUGCUGAUGGUGUCGUUCGCCCUGACGUCGAUCGACUCGGCCACGCGGCUGCUGCGCUACAACGUCGCCGAGGUCGGCGGGACGCUCGGCGUGGAGCUGCUCCAGAACAAGUACGUCGCGUCGGCAAUCGCCGUCGCGGCAUCUGGUUCUUCGCGUUCUUCCAGGUGGAGGGCGAGUUCGCCGGGUCUGGUGCUGUGGCAGCUGUUCGGGACGACCAACCAGGUGCUCGCGGCGCUGGCGCUGCUGGCCAUCACCGUCUACUGUCCGCAGCGGACAGCCGAUUGA